ACUAGAUGCUAGUAAGUGCUGCUGGAGUCACUUUUUACAGCAAUAGUGAAAGGAGGUUAAGGCGAUUUAACUAUUUAUAGAGCUCGCUCUUGAUUUGAUAGGACGAGGGACGUAAUAGCUAAUGACGGGCAGCUGCGUAAUUACUUGCACGUGUUCCUCCCGAUCUUUGUUAAUAAAACAUAAUUUUGUGAGGACACAGGACAGGUCGUAAGGAUGAAAGCGCGAGUCUUCUGCGUGCUGUGUGUGGGUGGUGUUUUAUUAUGUCUGUUGAAGCCAGCAGCCGCUACUUCGCCGCAAAGACCAGACUGGGAAGGUGAGAACCCUGAGCAAAGACCAGACUGGGAAGGUGAGAACCCUGAGCAAAGACCAGACUGGGAAGUAAAGCCAGGAGUGUGUCCCCGCAGAAGGCCUAGACCUGGACUGUGUGCUGAGCUCUGUGCCAAUGAUGGCGACUGCCCAAGAAAUCAGAAAUGCUGCAGUACCGGAUGUGGGCAUCAAUGUACUUCUCCACAUACAACAGUAAAGCCGGGAGUGUGUCCCCGCAGAAGGCCUAGACCUGGACUGUGUGCCGAGCUCUGUGCCAAUGAUGGCGACUGCCCAAGAAAUCAGAAAUGCUGCAGUAACGGAUGUGGGCAUCAAUGUACUUCUCCACAUACAACAGUGACACCUGGUCUGUGCGCUCUAUUGGAGUGGAUGCGUGUUUGCCGGAAACUGUUACCAUGACUGCCAGUGCCCUGCAGAACAGAAAUGUUGCCCAACCACCUGUGGUCAUGCAUGCAGUGAGCCUGGCUGACUUCAGAAUUGUGGAGAUUGAUUUUUCAUAAUACUAGAGUACUUUUACAUAAAGCCAUUACAUCAUACUUUCUCUUUAGGGGAUGUUAUGUUUUGCCUUGUGUAACCACCAAAUAAACCUUAUGGUUUCUGUAAACCUUGUUUCGAUGGUGGAAAUUUGUUAAAACGCUGGUGUUUUUGGUAUGCCAGUGCACACAUUUCUGUUCUCUUAAGUAACCGCUCAUUGGCAUCAGUGCUUGGGCAUGUGAAAGCUCCUCUCCCAGAGACCAAACGUGCAGAAUAUUUGUGGUAAAUGAAAGGGACCUCUGCUUCCAUCCUCAGCAGCUUGGCAGUAAAAGUCAAACCAGGAAAAACCAUGAGUGAUGCGCUGACAAACCCAUCACAUGUGCAGCAAAGGAAGGAUAUGUACCCAAAUGAGAAACAUUUGCGUUUGACCGGGGUUAACAUGCACUAAUCUUUAAGGAAUGUGUUCACAUUCAAUGCUGUCUGGAAGGGGAAAUUAUGUAAAACAAGCUAGUGAAAGCAUUUCAGUUUGCUGAUUGUUUGAUCUAAAUGACUAGUAAAGACAAGGCUUUAAAGUGAAUAGGCCUAGUUCACCCACAAUGAACAUUCUGUCAUUUACACCCGUAUGACUUUCAUUCUUCCACAGAACACAAGAUAUUUUGAAGAAGGUUAGUAACUGAACAGUGCCGGCACCAAUUCACUUCUAUUGUAGACACAAAACCUAUGCUACCGGUUAACAGCAUUUUUCAAAAUGGUGUUCUGCAGAAGACUGAAAGCCAUACGAGUUUGAAAUGACGAGGGA